AUGUUUUGGUUGCCUGAAGAAGAAGUUUCAACAGGAGAGCAAAAAAUUCGAGACAAAAUCAAUUUCACUUUCCGUCUACUUUUAGCUUCAUUUUUUAGUUGCCAAAUUUUCGAUUUCUUCUUCAAUCCAAUAUGGAUGCAUGGUUAUAUUUGGUCUUUAAAUCAAAAAAUUGAACUGGAAUUGAAUAAGAAAUCAGCUGGUAGCAUUUUUCUUCAUCAACUUUCAGUAUCAGGCUAUGAGGAACGAGUGUUAUAUUCUAUUAUUAUAGUUUUUAUUAUUUGGGCAUUUUUGUCGUGUAGCAGGAUAAAGAAAAGAAAUUGUAGUGUUUGGUUCCUAUUGCGCUUUUCCAUAAUUAUUGGCCUCACAAUUGCGAUUGUUCGAUGUAUUCAGAUGAAACAACGCCUAUAUUCUGCUAUUCAUGAGGGCUUUUAUGCUUAUCUAUUAACUUUUAUUAUCGGAUUUAUAAUCACAUGGCGAUAUGAUGGAAAAAUUAGUAAAACUGAAAAAAUAAACUAA